AUGUUCGGCACGGCCACCGCCGCCUACCAAGUCGAAGGCGCGUGGAACGAAGGGGGUCGAACUCCGAGCAUUUGGGACGAGUUCUGCCGUGACCAUCCCGGGAUGCUGUGCGCCAACGUGGCCGACGACUUCUACCACCGCUACCCGGACGACCUGAACCUGAUGCAGGACGUGGCCCUGCAGUCUCUGCGCUUCUCCAUCUCGUGGUCGCGCGCGAUGACGUGGGACCCGGAGAGCCGCCACAUGCGGCCGAACCCGGAGGGCAUCGCCUUCUACCACGCGCUGAUCGACGCCAUGAACGCCCGAGGAAUCGUGCCGAUCUUGACCAUCUACCACUGGGACCUGCCUGCCGCGCUGAUGCACGAGCUGACUCCGAACGGCUGGCUCAGCCCCGAGAUCGUCGACCACUACGUCGAGUACGCGACGCUCAUGUUCAACGAGUUCGGCCACAAGGUCGACUACUGGACGACGUUCAACGAGCCGAUCGCGUUCGUCGGGUACAGCUACGGGACGGGCAUGUUCGCCCCCGGGCACAAGGGCUCCCCCACGGAGGCGUACACCGUCUCCCGCAACGUCCUCGUAGCGCACGCGAAGGCCGUCCAGAAAUUCCGCGAGCUCAAGACGAACUCGGUUGUCGGUGACAAGGCUCGUAUCGGAAUCGUGCUCGUGUCUGCGUACUUCUAUCCUCUCGACCCUAACAACGAGGACGAUGUGGCCGCUGCGAAGCGUGCGCUCGACUUCGACUUUGGUUGGUUCCUGGAGCCAAUCGUGACCGGUGACUACCCCGCCGUUAUGCGUGAGCGUGCUGGAGAUCGUCUUCCCAAGUUCACGGCGGAGGAAUCGGCCCUGCUCAAGGGCUCGUACGAAAUCUUUAUGUUGAACCACUACUACAGCAAAGCCAUCACUUCCUGUUACUCGGAGGCGUCCAAGACGCCUUGCUCGUCGCUCACCGCUGGGUGGGAAGCCGACAAGGGUGUUGACGAAGAUCACGUCAUGCCAGGAACGAUGCAGCCCCGUCCGGACAAGUUCGGCAACAAUUACUGCGGCCGCUACACGGGCUACCCACCCGGCUAUCUCGACAUGAUCCGCUACCUGCACUCGCACGACCCGAGCGUCGACAUUUUGCUGACGGAGAACGGAUGGUGCGGCAACCAGGAGGUGGAGAACUGGGACCAACUCAAGUACUACAAGGCGUUCGUCGGACAAGUGCACAAGGCCGUAGUCGAGGAGAAGAUCCCCGUGGUGGGGUACACUGCGUGGUCGUUCCUGGACAACUACGAGUGGGGAUCGUACGGCCCUCGCUUCGGACUGUACUACGUCAACUUCACCGCCGAAACGGGCUCACCGGACUUCCAGAAGCCCAAACCGACGGACUUGGAGCGCAUUCCUCGUCCGGCUGCGAAAUGGUUCCACAAGGUGGCCACGACCAAGUGCCUGGACGGCUGGGACGAGCUGGAGGCUUCCGCGGACAGCUCUACCGUGCGAUCGGUGGAGGGCUUUGGGUUCUGGGUCGCCUUUGUCGCUAUUGCGGUGGUUGGUCUAACUGCAGUCGUGAUCACCCUCAAGCGUCGCCAGGGAUACUAUCGCGUUCCCCGCGCUGCGUCAAACUAACUAGCAGCCCACGACGAAGAACUGCAGGAACAGCACGCAAAAGCCGAGCAAACACGGCACUACAAUCGAGUUUUC